AUGUUGUGUUUCACCAUAUUUCUCGUUAUAACUGCGAUAGUAGCUACAACUGCAUCUCCUUUGUAUAAUGAUACAAGGGUGGGAGGUGGUUGUACAAUUACUUCUUACUCACAAGUUAGUAACGUAGUAAAAAGUUGUACAAACAUAAUUGUCAACGGACUUGCCGUGCCACCUGGAAAAACUUUGCAACUCGACCUAAAAUCUGGAUCUACUUUAACUUUCCAAGGUACUACAUCUUUUGGUUAUGGUGUAAAAUGGGCAGGGCCACUAAUAAUUAUUACUGGAAAUAGGAUUACUGUGAAUGGCGCUUCUGGUUCAAAAUUAGAUGGUCAAGGACCUCAUUACUGGGAUGGCAAAGGUGACGCAAAUCCAGGAAAACCAAAAUUCUUUAAAAUUAAAGCAACUGGAGGAUCAACUUUCAACAAUAUUCACUUAUUGAAUUGUCCUCAUCAAUGUGUAUCUAUCCAAAACUCCAACCACCUCACUUUAUCAGGAUGGAAUGUAGAUGUUUCCGCUGGUGACAGAAAUAAAUUAGGACACAAUACCGAUGGAUUUGACCUUUCGAAUUCAGACACAGUAACAAUAAAAAACUCUGUUGUUAAGAACCAAGAUGAUUGUGUCGCUGUUAAUUCUGGUAAAAAUUUACACUUUUCAAACUUGCAAUGUUCCGGUGGACACGGUUUAAGCUUGUCUAUUGGAAUGAGUAAAACUGAUGCUUCUAAAAACCAGGUAUCCAAUGUAACUUUCAGUGAUUGUACUGUUACAAAUUCCCGCAAUGGUAUUCAUGUUAAAACGCAUUCAGAUGCUGGUCACGGAUCUGUUAAUGAUAUUACCUAUAGUAACAUACACUUAUCUGGAAUCACCAACUACGGAAUAAAUGUACAACAAGAUUACAAAGGAGGUAAAUCAACUGGAAAUCCAACUAAUAAUAUACCAAUUAAAGGAUUGAAAAUGAGUAAGGGUUUACAGAUUGUUGGGAACAUAAGCCCACAAAUUUCUACUAAAAGCACUGGUAAACUAGAGACCGAAGCCAACACAGGCUUAGAAGAGUGCGUCCCAAAUAGUAGUACAGAUAAUGAACACCGAAGUUCCGAAUUAAAGAAACCUUUUGAAAACUUUAACGAUAUUAAAAAGUUAAAUCACAAUUUUGAAGUUAAUGCUACUGAAUGCUUUGAAGACUCCGACGAUGAUUCUAUCAAGGACAAGGAUUAUCAGCCAAACUCUUCUGAUGAACUCUCUGAUGAAUCCUCUAAGAAUUAUCAACAAAAAGUGUCAUCAGUAGAAAAUACAGAGGAAAAAACAAACCACAGCAUCGCUGCAGUCGCAGAAUAUAAGGGACGCCCAAAAAAGGAAGGAAAAGAAAGUGUGAGGGACAAGACCGGACAACGAUGA